GCGCCAGUUAUAAGGUCGUUGCCCAAGCCGCUGACGUCUUUCGAAUUCGAGGCGAGCCUUCGGGCCGCGGGCUGAGUUUCCUCGUGGUAGCCGAGGUGAGUGUCUGCUCCGGAGCGGCGUCGUGAGAGCGCGGUAGCUUGCCUGUGCUGUGUGGGCGCUUUUGCCCACGUAGGUAGUCCUCGCUAGACCUACCUUUCUCGGGGCACCGCGGCGUCCGAGACAGACGCUGCCGACCGGCUCUGAAGAGUGAAGAAUGUGGGGAAAGGAGCUUUGAAGAAAAAGGUGGACGAAGCGGGCCUCGCCCUCUUUACUCCCGGUCCGUUUCAGCUGCUGCCUUAAAAGAAAAAAACCACACAGAAAAAACAAUACAAUACUGACUUUAUGUCCCAAAAACGCCGAUUGCAGGAUCAUGACAUUAAUCCAUGUUUAGUGGAAAGCGAUGCUUCCAGAAAGUGUUUGGAAGUGAAUCAAUCCGAUAAGGAUAUGUGUGCAAUUUAUUUUUUAAAGUACAAAAGUUGCCGAAAAUUUUGGCAUGGGAUUAUGAUGCAGAGAAAACAAGAUGGAAUAAAACCAAAUAUGCCUGUAGAAGAAGAAAGAAAGAGAAUCUUAGCUUCGUUGGGAAGAGCACCAUAUUGACCAUACAGUUUUAUUAAUAUAGAAUGUAAUGCUUUUACGAUAAAGUGUGCUUUAUUAUAUUUUAAAAGGUAGUUUCUGGAUAGCUGCAUUGCCACUCCCUUGUACUGUAUUUUUUACAAAAAACAAAGAACCCUGAAACUUUAAACGUCUAAAGAAUGAAGUGCAUUCUUACAUGGGAAAAACUUGCAGAAAUAAAAAAGGUUUUGAUUUGAUAAA